AUGGACUCUCCACGGCGGUCUCGGAACCGCGCCGCUUGUGUGAGGUGUCAGCGGAGAAAAAUCCGUUGUUCUGAGGGACCAACGGGUUGUGUAUCGUGUAGAAAGGCUAAUGUUGCCUGCGUGAACGAUGGAAAACAGGAGGUUAAUCGCACGUACGUGAUCAGGUACAUUGCGAAUCUACAAAAUCGAGUGCAGUGGUUAGAGUCUUUAGUAAAGGAACAGAACCCAACGGUCCAACUAGAGGAUGGUCCGCAACUAGACCCCUCAGAUACCUCACAGCUCGAACCCACGGAGGAAAGCACUCAACUUGAGUCUGCCAUUCCACAGAGAGCCCGCAUCCGCCAGUCAAUAAUACCUCACCAUGAACGACCCGGGCCAGCAGACCCGCAACCAUCUCGAACACAUUCGAGACCGGCCCACGAAAUUGGGCUUGUCUCUCUUUCCUCGGGAGAGCCGAGAUACAUCGGUCCCUCAAGCGGAUAUUUCUUAGCAAACCUCAUAUUUUCGAGUGCUGGCCGACGAACAGGGUCAUCGGAAAAUCAUGGCAACGCGACAAGCCAAUGUCGCUUUCAUCUGAAUUUUUCAAUAGCCCAGCACCGCUCCCAAGUCGCAAAGAAGACGCUGAGGAGCUUACUUCAAAGUACUUUGCUUCGCAAUGAAACACCCUCCAACCCAGCCGAUGCCUUUCACGUCUACAUGGUUCUCGCAAUAACAGCCUCGGAUCUCUCUAGGCGGUUUAGAAUUCCUCUUCCAGCCGAGGGGUAUUACACAGCAGCUACCCAGUAUUUCGAACGUGCAUGUGCCGAUGGCUCUUUGGAGGGACUGCAGAGUCUGCUUUUACUAAUGGUAUACGGACUCCAUAAUCCCUCGUGCGACAUCAAUGUCUGGAGCCUGAAUUACCAAUGCUUGGGGUCCCUUAUUGACCUGGGCCUUCAGCGUGAUGUGCGCGCAUCAUCGACAUUCUCCAUCUCGUUCUUAGAGCAGGAAAUGCGAACUCGCAUCUUCUGGGUUGUAUACAGCUUUGAUCGUACAUUGGGGACGAUGAUGGGUCGGCCGAUCGGUGUGAGGGAUGAAGCGUGCGAGCUUCGGCUCCCUUCAGAUGUCUCCGAUCGUCAUCUUUCCGAGUCAAUUUGCGACGAAACCUCGCGAAAUCACACGAAUUCUCACAUGACAUUCUCUAUCCACCUGUUCAAACUCGCCCGUAUCAACUCUGAGAUUAAAUAUGUCAUGCAUAGCAUCUGCAGAGAUCCUCCCCGAUAUGCCUACCCACCGGUGCCCGACAUCCAUCUGUGGCAGAAAGAGAUGAUCGAACACCUUCAGACCUGGCUUGCAGACAUCCCGGGUGGAGCUGAAGGUGAUGCUAUCACGAAAAUAUGCGAAACAAAGUAUCACGAGAUGAUGAUCUUGUUGCUAAGGCCUAGCCCCGGGAUCCCCGCUCCAUCGGAAGAGGUGCUCGCGCGAUGUUUCCAGCAUGCUGUAGAUCUUCUCCGCGGGUUUGGGGAGCUUUACCGACAGGAAGCUCUCUUAUACAGCCGACUCAUUGUUCACUCGGUCUUCUUGAGCACGCUGAUAAUGCUACACUGUUUGUGGAGACUGCCCCAUGUUGUAUCCGAGGUGCAGAUUGAUGAGGUCGUCGCUGACACGAGCAUCAGUCUAAAUAUCCUAAGCGGCAUUGGUGAGUAUUGGGCCGAGGCUAAGCGCGCAAGGGACUGCAUCUAUGAGCUAUCUGGUGCGACUGUUCAGAGACUUGUCAGAAUGCGAAGUUUAGGAGCCCCUUCAAGCUCGACCAGAGGCAAGAAUCAGUCGAUUUCGGGCACAGGAAGAGCACAGCAGCCGCAGACUUCCAAGGAGGGAAUGGAGCUGCCUUCUACACUACGUGGUGGCUCAGGCGUCGAAAACCUACCGCUGAACUCCUUCAUGGAUGAUUACGACCCGCACGCUGAUUCUAUGAAUUGGCUGCAUGAUUCCAUGCCCGGGGGCUUUAUGGACUUCAGCGGGGCUCCGGACUUCGACACUCUCAUGUGGGAGGUCUUUAAUGCUAAUUGA